UCAAAAAGAAAUCAUUUCCAUUUCAAAUUUCGUUUAUUUCUUUUUGCUUCGAAAGAAUAGCUUUGUACCAAGGAGAAGUGAAUUCGAUCUAUCUACUUCAAAUUUCAAAAACUUAUAUGAAAAACAACCUAUUAAAUUCAGCGGAAAAUUCUCAUUAUGUCAAAUACGAAAGGGAGAGACAGUCCAUCAAAAUCUUUAGUCCGAUCCAAAACUGUGAUUAUGGAAAAAUCAAAUUUGAUCCAUCGAAAAUUUGACGAAACUAUCUUGAUUUGUGGAAUUUGUUCAAAAUGGCUAAACACACCAAGAACUUUGCCGUGUUUGCAUUCGUACUGCGAAAAUUGUUUGGCAACAAACAUUAACGAAUUCAUUACACGAAAAAGCGAAAAGAAAGACGACAGCAGAAAAUCCCGAGAGUAUGAAUGUCAUCAGUGUAAAAAGACCAUACAACUAAAGAGUGCACCCACUCCAAACAAAUGGAUAGAGGCAUUUCCGGUCAAUCAUUUUCUAAUGGAUUUAUUGGAUAUAGAAUUAUUAAGAAGAGGUGAGAAAACCUGCGGUCCGUGUUCUAGAAAUGGCGAUACAACAGCGAUAUUGUCUUGGUGUAAAGAAUGUCGCGAUGGCCUCUGUCAGAAUUGUGCCAAAGUCCAUAAAGGAAUGCGCAUAUCUAUGGACCAUACAGUACUUUUAAAGGAGGAGUUUAUGAAAGAAAUGGAAUUAUUGAAAGAUCUUCAGGAAGAAUGCAACAAACAUACAGGAAAAACGCUUGAUUUAUUCUGUGUGCUAGACAAAGAACUUUGUUGUCCAAAUUGCAUUGCAGAGGAGCACCGUAGAUGUGACAGAGUUAUUUCCAUUUCCGAUGCCGUUAAGAAAAGCAAACUAGAGAAAGAGCCAGAAUUUCUUAACAAAACUUUGGAGCAAUACGAAAACAACAUAGACGGAAUGAUUGGUGAUCGAUCAAACCAUUUGAUGUACUUGGAAGAAGAAAAAACCCGACUUCUUGAGAAUUUUGCAUCGAUACGUAUUAAUAUCAUCAAUAUUCUGGAUAAACUCGAAAAAAACCUGAAACGAGAUAUUGGUCAAAUCCACAACGCCGAAGUUAAGAAGUUGCAGAUAGAGAUGGACAUAAGUAAACGCAUGCUUUCAGCUGUAUCUAAUGCUCACAAGGUAAUGAAUGUGGCUGAAGUACAUGCUUCCGAUUCUCGACUUCUGCAUAUGAUGGAAUCCAUUAGAACGCAAUGCAUUUGGUAUGAGGACGCCAUGGGAAAACUGCGGUCUCAAGUCCAGGAUUGUCAAUAUUUAUUUGAGGUGGGCCAUGCCAUAGAAGUUAUGCAAACAAAAGUAAAAGAAAUGGGUAAAAUAUCCGUGCGUUACUCCCCGUCAAAAUUACCGCCAUUUCCAAAUGUAAUAUCCGUUGAGCAGAAUAAUACCCAUUCAAAUCUUAAUAAGUCUACUCUUUCCUUGCGUGGAAAACGCUCAGAGUUGGUAAAAACCUUCAGUGCGCAUGAACAUGAUGAGGUGAAUGAUAGUUGGUUUACUGGCGCUGCGUUUCUUUCAGAUGGUCGGCUAGUUUUAGUUGAUAGACAGAACAGAAAAGUUAAACUGUUUGCAAAGAAUUUUCGGCAGCUAAACAGUAUUAAAUUCAACUCUAAACCGUGGGAUGUGACAACCAUUAGCCCUUCGGAGAUUGCAGUGACACUUCCGGAAGAGCGAGCAAUCCAAAUUCUAAAUGUCAGCGAUAUCGGAUUUUCUCUUGGAGAUUAUUUCAUUACAAGCGAAGCAUGUUAUGGGUUGACAUAUGUCCGUGGUAAAUUUUUCACUCUAGCCUACGAUGGAUUACCACCAUCACUGAAAAUCCUGGACACUGAUGGAAAAGAACUGGCAUCGGUUGCUUAUGACGACGAUGGGUCUCAGCUAUUUUCCCGUCCUAUUUAUAUAACUGCUAACGGGAAAGGUACUAUGAUUUACGUUGCCGACGAACGACGUGGAUCUGUAACAACCCUGAUCGAAACAGCCGAGCAUUGCUACUCCUACUCAAGUGUAGACUUAGGGCACGCAGCUGGUCUUGCUCUUGACAAUGAAGAAAAUUUAUAUGUUUGUAGAAAUCACGCAAAGAGUGUCCAAGUAGUUUCUCCUGAAGGUGACAGAGUAAAAACUCUUAUAUCUCAUGACAUGAUAUCAUAUCCUCGUGCAAUCGCAUUUGAUGUAAAUGAUGAGCGUUUGCUCAUAACACAAGGAGACAAGAGUGAGGUGAAAGUGUUCCAGUUAGUUUUAUAACCAA